CACUCACUAGCUAGAAGAAGAAGUGGGUUUAAGUUGUUGCAUAUGCGUGCAACAAUAUAACCAAAGUGUUAUACGGAGUAGUAGUUAAUUUUGUGUGUUUCCCAUUUCCAUCCUCUGUUUGCAUAUCUGGUUCAUGUAAGGGGAUAUUCAGUAACUGCAGGAAUGGAAGGUAAAAAAAAAAUCUGGUUUGUAGUUGGGCCUGGCCCAGUUGAGCAUUGCUCGUGGCACACCUUCCUGUUCUCGGGGAGGAGCACGGAGACGGAGGAGGCGCCGGCGACGGUGGGGGGCUACGAGCUGCGGGAGCGGCUGGGCGGGCGGCCUCCGACGACGGUUGUGUGGCGCGCGGUGCGGCGGUCAACGGGAGCCCCGGCGGCGGUGAAGCAGGUGCGGCUGGCCGGGCUCCCCGGCCGCCUCCGCGACAGCCUCGACUGCGAGGUCCGCUUCCUCGCCGCCGUCAGCCACCCCAACAUAAUCCGUCUCCUUGACGUCAUUCAAACCCAGAGCUGCCUCUACCUCGUCAUGGAACUGUGCGAGGGAGGCGACCUGGCCAGCUUCAUCGAGCGCAGCGGCAGGGUCGACGAGCGCGUGGCCAGGAAUUUCAUGAAACAAAUCGGAGCUGGUUUACAAGUGCUUCGCAGACACCAUAUCAUCCACCGAGACUUGAAACCUGAGAAUAUCCUGCUCUCUUGUCCUAACAGUGACGCCAUCCUCAAGAUAUCUGAUUUUGGCCUGUCCAGGGUUCUUCAUCCUGGGGAGUAUGCAGACACAGCCUGUGGUACUCGUUUGUACAUGGCCCCAGAAGUCAUGCUAUUUCAGAAGUACAAUGACAAGGUAGAUUUGUGGAGUAUUGGCGCGAUCCUCUUUGAGCUCUUGAAUGGCUACCCUCCAUUCUGCGGCAGAAGCAAUGUGCAACUCCUUCAAUGCAUAAAUAGAACAACUUCUCUUCCAUUCUCGGAACUCGUCAUGCGCAGCUUGCAUCCUGAUUCUAUCGACAUAUGCACCAGGCUACUAUGCACAAAUCCAGUGAAGCGGCUGUCCUUGCAAGAAUUCAUCAACCACGGCUUCCUCAGACCAUAAAUGCGACAGUGCAACUGAAGAGGGUAUUGGUGCUCAGCAGUAUCAUGUGAAGCUGAUCCGUUGACCUUUUUAUUUUUAACCAAAGGAUCAGUUGACCUGUUUGUUGUACUUGAAUGGCUUCAAAUACCGGCAAUAUAAUUUGAUGAAGGGAACUAUCCAAGUACAUUUUGAUGCUGUUUUAGCUGUAGCGGAUACAGGUUCUGAAGCUUAGGACUGGCUGAUCAGUUUAUGGUACUUAGCUUGCUGUAUAGAAAAAGGUGAAUAUUGCCCGAAAAUGCCGAGUAACGCUUUGGCGUUGUGGUCUUUUCUUUUUCUCUUAUGAGAGGCGAUAGUUAAUUUUGUGUGUUUCCCAUUUGCA